AUGUCGUCUUCAUUCAGUACUGACUACCAUGACGUCAAACAUUCAACGAUUACAUACACCAUAGCGUGUUUUCUAGGAUUAAUAUCAGCUGUUACCAUACUUGGGAAUUUCCUGACCAUCGCUUCAUAUUUCUUGGACAAUUCUAUAAAAUCCAACAACAGUCACAUUUACUUGGUAAACCUGGCGAUUGCGGAUCUCUUGGUUGGUUGCAUAUCUAUGCCGUUAGGGAUAGCUUAUGACUUCAAUGUCGAUUGGCUUUUCGGUGAAACAUUCUGCAAGAUGAGGUCUGUUUUUGACUUAUCAGUUCUACAUGCGUCAGUGUUUUCUAUUGUGCUUAUCAGCUGUGAUCGAUACUGCCUUGUUACCAUGGAUAUGCGUUAUAUCACAAAACACUCUCGCAAGCAGGCUUUAUUUAAAUGUAUAACCACGUGGAUUUUAGCUUUUGGCAUCACGAUUGUUAUGGUUUAUGGUUGUCCGUUAUUGGCAGUGUAUGUUAAUAUUAAAAAACGUGCAAGUAGGGUGCAUGCACAACCAACAACAAUUGCCGAUUCUUACCAGGAAGAAAGAAUACAAACUGUGUUUGCAAAAGUCACACCAACUGAACUCGAGCCACCGACGACUUCCGACAGCAGUCAGCGAACAUAUCGAAAUAUGCUGCGGAACAAUGUACAUGUGGUAGCAAUGAAACCAACAUAUACAAUUUCUGGAAAUGCCAAUGAUCAUGAAGUACUGCGUGAAGGGAAUCAAGUCGAGGCUGAGAUGGAGUCAUUUCCUAAUGAUCCGCGUGAUUGGAGUACGAUCGAUGUGUCACAGUGGUUGUCAUGGACCACGCAUCGCUAUAACAUGGUUGCCGUCGAUGUUGCCAAAUUCCACAUGAAUGGGAAAGGUUUAUCCUUUCUCCGUAAGGAGCACUUCGUAUCGAGGGCGCCUUCACAGGGUGUGGUACUUUUUCAAGAUUUUCGGAGAAGGCUGGUAACAGCAAUUCUCGCGUACAGUGGAAAUAAAACAUCUAUGCCAUAG